AUGUUGAGCCUCAUUUCCUUCGGUCUCUUGGCUACGACUCUGCUAUCGAGGGCAGCGGUAGCAGAUGACCACACGAAAGCAUCUCAUCCCGCGCGGACAUUUGCUGCUUGUCAGAAAAAGACAUGCAAUCCGCUGCAAGGCUGUCCCGAAGGAACCAUCUUCGUCAGUGCGACUCAUCCCAAAGCGAACUUUACCAAGGUUCAGGACGCCAUCGCAUCACUACCAAACAAUACAACGCCGUACUACAUUCUCAUCGGUUCAGGGAAUUACACCGAGCAGUUGAAUGUAACGAGACAAGGACCGCUGUAUCUCCUCGGCCAGUCGAACAGGCCUUGGCAGGACAAGAUCCUAGCUGACAUCAAUGUCAACACCACCGCUUCGAAUGAUGUCCAGAUCUGGUGGAACGACGCCAAUGUCGGCGGAAAUCUCUACACAGAUAACGUUUACACCGGCGUCCUGACAAUCGGUCCCACACUGAACGCCACUUUGACCGGAUCGGGACCGACUGGUUUUCCGGUACCAGUAGACACGCCGUUCGGUUGCUCCGAUUUCAGGGCGUAUAACAUCGAUUUCCGCAAUGAGUAUGCACCAUAUUCCGAUGGACCUGCUCAUGCCCUUGGUGUCAGCCGGGCAAACGCUGGCUUCUAUUCAUGUGGCUUCUACAGCUGGCAAGAUACGAUAUACAUUGGAAAGUUAGGCAAUGCUUACUUCUACGAUACCAUCACCGCUGGGCAAACUGACUUCCUCUACGGCUUCGGAACGCUGUACAUCGAGAAGUCCACGCUUUCGCUGCGCACCUGUGGAGGCGGCAUCACCGCAUGGAAAGGCACCAACACAACCUUUGAGAACAAAUACGGCGUCUACAUUGAUGCCACACAAGUCAUCGCGUACAACUACACAACGGCUCUAGCCAACGUGGGCAAGUGCGCAUUAGGCCGCCCCUGGAACGCGCAACAGCGCUCGAUCUUCAUGGACAGCUACUUCGAUACCACCAUUAAGCCCGCAGGUUACAUCAUAUGGAGCGCGACUGACCCUCGCGUGAACAACUACACAUUCAUGGCAACAUGGGAUGACUAUGGACCGGGCUACAAUAAGACGGCAGAGCGGUUGAGCAAUGUCACCUUGGUGCUCAAUGAUGCACAGGUCGCCCCAUAUAGAUGGCCGGUGGAUGUCUUUCAGACAGAAAAUGGCACCCCAGGGAACGUUGGCUGGAUUGACCAGAGUGUCCUUGUUGGACCAUGA